AUGAAACAAUACGCCACAAACAUCCACCAACGAAUCACCAAUGCCAAAUCAAACCUCACACGCGCCACAAACUUCACUCUAAAUCAAACCAACUCUGCAAAAUCUACUACUAACUUUGUCACACACUGUAAUGUCAAGAUUUCAGAAAAUGGUCGAAACGGCAACGUUAAAGCAGCAGAAACAAUAUUCCACAGAAUGCCCCGUAAGAACACUGUCACUUGGACAGCCAUGCUCACGGUUUAUGCCCAAAACGGUCAAAUUGCAAACGCCCGUAAACUGUUCGACGAAAUGCCUGAACGAACAACAGCUUCUUACAAUGCUAUGGUCUCUGCUUACAUUCACAAUGGUUGUAAUGUCACCAAAGCUUAUGAGCUUUUUACCACGACUCGCGACAGAAAUGCGGUGUCAUAUGCUGCCAUGAUAAUGGGUUUUGUUAAGGCAAGGAAGUUCAAUAUGGCUGAAAAACUCUACCUUGAAGCUCCACGUGAGUUUCGUGACCCUGUUUGUUCCAAUGCUUUGAUAUGUGGGUAUUUGAAAAUGGGUGAAACAAAGGAAGCUUUGAGGGUUUUUGAGAAUGUGAGGGAGAGUGAGAGGGAUGUGGUUUCUUGGAGUGCUGUGGUUGGUGGUUUGUGUAGAGAUGGGAAGGUUGGUUAUGCUAGAAUAUUGUUUGAUAGAAUGCCUGAGAGAAAUGUGGUUUCUUGGAGUGCAAUGAUUGAUGGGUAUAUGGAGAAAGGUUUGUUUGAAAAUGGGGUUUGUUUGUUUUUGGAUAUGAGAAGGGAAGGCAUUGUGGAGGUUAAUUCAACUACCAUGACUAUAAUGAUUAAAGGGUGUGGAAAUUGUGGCGGGGUGAAAGAGGGAAUGCAGAUUCAUGGGUUGGUUUCAAGGUUGGGAUUUGAGUUUGAUAGUGUUUUGAGUAAUUCUAUUAUUACUAUGUAUUCCUUGUUUGGUUGCACCGACAUGUCAAAGAAAGUGUUUUGUGCUAUGGCUAAUAAAGAGUUAGUUGCAUGGAAUUCUUUGAUUUCUGGAUAUGUUUAUAACAAUGAGGUGGAUUUAGCUUAUGGGGUUUUUGAGAGGAUGCCAGAGAAGGAUUUGAUUUCUUGGACAGCCAUGAUCAGGUGGUUGGCAAAGGAUGGAAGAAUUGGAAAGGCCAUUGAACUGUUUAAUACGUUGAAAGAGAAAGAUGAUUUUGUAUGGACAGUUAUUAUAUCUGGUUUUGUGAGUAAUGAGGAGUACGAGGAGGCUUUGCGUUGGUAUGUUCGGAUGAAUCAGGAAGGGUGCAGGCCAAAUCCUGUAACCAUUAGUAGUGUUUUUGCUUCUUCAGCUGCUUUGGUGGCACUGAAUGAAGGGCUUCAGAUUCAUUCCCAUGUUCUGAAGAUGAACCUGGAACAUGAUCUUUCAAUACAAAAUUCUCUUAUAUCAUUCUACGCCAAAUGUGGAGACAUAACCGAUGCCUACAAGAUCUUCAUAGACGUCGAUGAACCAAAUGUUGUCUCAUAUAACUCAGUCAUCAAUGGCUUUGCACAAAAUGGCUUUGGCAAAGAAGCUCUCAAUAUGUAUAAAAGAAUGCAGAGUGAAGGCCUUGAACCCAACCAUGUUACUUUGCUUGCGGUUCUUUCAGCAUGUACUCAUGCAGGAUUGAUUGAAGAAGGACGGAAUUUAUUUAACACCAUGAAAUCUCAUUACCGAAUUGAGCCAGAAGCUGAUCAUUACGCUUGCAUGGUUGAUCUACUAGGGCGUGCUGGUUUGCUUGAUGAAGCUUUUGAUUUAAUUUGUUCGAUGCCGAUAAAGCCUCAUUCUGGUGUUUGGGGGGCUCUUCUUGCUGCAAGCAAGGCUCAUCUACGUCUUGACCUUGCUAAGCUUGCAGCUCAACAUAUUACCGAGCUGGAGCCUGCAAAUGCGACACCUUACGUGGUAUUAUCCAACAUGUAUUCUGCCUCUGGUCAAAAGAUUGAGGGUGAGUUAGUAAGAAAGACCAAGAAUUUAAAAGGAAUAAAAAAAAGUCCAGGUUGUAGUUGGAUAACUAUUAAAGAUAAGGUUCAUCUGUUUCAUGCAGGGGAUCAAUCACACAUGAAUAUUGAAGAGAUAAAAGCAAUAAUAUUGACUAUAGAUAAAGGGAUGCAGUGGUUGUAUUAUUCUGGGUUCUGA